AUGAUAUCUCAGGCUUUUAUCUUGGCCGUCUUAGCAGUAGCUGCUUUUGCCAGCUUACAUCACGAGCCUAACCACCAUCCACAACCCUUCAAGUUCGGCUACAGUGUGAAGGACAAGCAUGGUGAGCAACAUCGUGAAGAAGUCGGCGACGGUAAGAACGUGAAGGGAAGCUACGGAUUCACCGAUGCCAGGGGAAUCCAUCGACAGGUCAACUAUGUAGCUGACCAUGCUGGAUUCAGAGCUCAGGUCAAGACCAAUGAACCCGGAACCGCCAACCAAAACCCCGCAGCCGUUGACAUCAUUUCUGAUGCCCCCUACGGACAUGGUGGAUACGCCGGAGUUGGAGCAGCUGGAUUGGGAUACGGAUACGGUGGUCUUGGAGCAGCUGGUUUAGGAUACGGAUACGCUGGAGUUGGAGGAUAUGGUCUUGGCAACGGACGCCUUGCAGGUGUAGGAUAUGCUCGUUACGGAUUUUAA